AUGAGGGUUUCUUCACGCAGGUGGCGUUUUUUAUUGUUAUUGGUUGCUUUGGUAUAUGUGAUAUGUUUUGCUUUGAUCCAGCAGGAUCACGGCAGGAGAGAAGCGAUCAAUGAAAUUUAUCAGGGAGCCCAAUAUUUUAACCCUGUGUAUCGUAAUACACGCACGCUGAUUAUGGUUCCAGGCCAUGGUGUUUUACAGUCGUUGAAUGCUUCGGAUUGGAAAAAUCAAAGUAAUUGGGGAUUAGAGAGUUAUCAACUGCGUGAUGGUGUUGCUUUGCCAUUUUGUUUUGCCUCCCAUAUUAGACGGGCAUUUGUUUUGUUAAAAGAUCGAGUUAAUUCUUCGAUAUUGAUUUUUUCGGGGGGUCAGACUAGAGCCUGUGCUGGACCUCGUAGCGAAGCUCUGAGUUAUUAUAUUGUGGCAGAGGAAACAAAUUUAUUUGGUCUCUUUAAUUCUACGUCUCAGGCAAGGUCCAUUCUCGCGCAACAUGUCUUUACUGAGGAGUUUGCCCGGGAUUCUUUUGAAAACUUGUUGUUUAGCAUUGCACGCUUUUACGAAAUAACAGGUCAUUUCCCAGAUUCGAUUAUUGUUGUAGGAUGGAAGCAUAAACGCGACCGUUUUGUCAACUACCACAGAGAGGCUUUACGUUACCCCAUAGAGAAAUUUUUCUAUGUAGGACUUGACUUUGAUGAUGCAGCUCCUUUUGUGAGAGAUCUAGAACCGUACCGGCUGGCCUUACCGUAUAGUGAUGUCAAGGCUCUUUCUUUUGUUAAUAAGGAUAUGUAUCUUUGUAGUGCAGGGAGGGCAACGAAAAGGCAAAGAAAUCCCCAUUAUCGUGUUUCACCUUAUGAGGUAAGUUGUCCUCCUUUGCGUCCAUUGCUAAAAUACUGUGGUCCACAUCUUAUUGACAGAAAGCUAGUCCCUUGGGGAUAA